AUGGUUGUAACACAUCAAGGUUCAUAUUUUUCAGGUAAAGAAAAAACAAAUGUGAAGAAGGUAAAGAAGUCAUCCAGGGAUGAUAAAGUUGUAUUCAAUGUGUAUGGAGUAAAACUGAAAGGAAUUGUGAUUAGUAGGAUGGUCGAUGGUCAGGUCAUAGGUUCUUCCCCUAUCAAAAGACCGAAGGAGGUUAAGAAAAUGAAACUCAAGAAACUCAAUGAUCAUACUCCAAUAACCAUGUCUGACCUAAUUAGGAAAGGCGUGGAAACUGCUAUGAAGGUAUCGAAAAACACUAAGGAGUCCUUUAAUCCUCGAGAAAAUGUCUCGACCUAA